GGUAUCCGUAGAGUGAUCCUGCUUGCAAACUUCCUUGCCUAGGGGGUGGUGGUGUAGCGCUGAGGGCUUGCGGGGGUGUCAGCCACCAGGGCUUUCUGCUCAUCAAUCAGUAUCGUCAAACAUCCCGAAAGUGUUAUGAUGGCGCUGAAUGUAGAAAAAGGGUUUUCAGGGCGGAUAUAGUGUCGUCAUUCCUGGUGGCAGAGAGGAGUGACAAGAGGCUCACACGUCGCUGAGUAGUAGCGCGGCAUAAUAAAGUGUGGUUUGCACCAUGUGUGUCACAGAUUUCUCGGGUUUUCUGGAAGGUUUUUCCAAGUUCCGCCUUCUCCCCUUUGCAGCCAUCCUGGCCCCAGCUGUGCAUCGGCCUUUGACUCCAUCUGUCCUUCCGCUGCGGACAGGAGUCCCUCUCGCCAAAUGGAGAACACAAGUUUGGCACCCCAAAGUGAUGAUAACCCCUACCUUCUCCGCUCAGCGCGAGCCAAGCGUCAGGCCUGCAGAGGGACGGUCAAGGGGAUAGAGGGGGAGGCCGCGGAGAGGCCGCUCCCCUCACCUCCCCGCACCCAUCAUCACUUGGCACUUGGUCAAGCCCGGGCAGACGCCCCGCCUGCGCGUCCCCCACCCGCCCCGCGGUGCACGUCUCCCAGUGCUUUUGCAUUUGCUCCUCUUCCGCACUGCUGCAGAGCGCGGCUCGCAGGUUGGAGUUUGCCCUCGUGUGCGCCGCGUCACACGGCGGGGAGGGGAAGGCAGGAGGCGGAGGCUGGGUCGGAGCAGGAGUCGCGCGUUCCCUGGCGCCCAGAGACACCGCGGGGAACGACCGCCCCGCCCCCGGAGCAGCGGACUGGGCCGCAGACCUCCUUUCCCUCCUCCCUCUCUCCCUCCUCCCCAGCGCCCUGACUCCCUGCCUCCUCGCCCUUACUCCACCCCCUACUCCGGCCCCAUCUCCAUCCUCUCCUUGCGUGUGCGCGCUUCAAAUAAUCUCCUCCUUUUUGGCAAAAGAAAUAAUGCACCUGACUUUACCAGGGGGGAACAACCAGCCGAGUAGAACAAGGAACAGAUGUAAAAGGAAUAAAAGGCGAGAGAAAAACAGACACUGAAGAGGCUCCUGGAUUGUUCAGCGAUCCCGCCACAAGCUGGCAGUUACCCGAGAGCCUUCCCAAGGAGCUGGAGGAGAAAUGAGCCCUUGUGGGCGGAAGAUGGGCGAAGGGCGUCAGCAGCGGCGGGCUCCCGUCGGGAAGCUCCUUCUCCUCCCCGGGUGGAGAGAUACACCCCAUGGGCGGUCAGGCAGCAGCAGCGCCAGGACGCAGCGCUCCCUGCUCUGGCUCUUGGUGCACGUGUGGCUGUGGGCGGCCUCGGGCUCGUCUGCCCAGUUGUUCAACCUCACCCUUUCCGUAGAUGAGGGGCUUCCCCCGGACACCCUGGUCGGUGACAUCCGCGCCGGGCUGCCGGCCGCGCAGCAGCAGGAGGGGAGCGGCUUCUUUCUGUCGGAGGACUCCGAUGACUCCCCGCUGCUGGACGACUUCCACGUGCACCCGGACACCGGCAUCAUCCGCACUGCGCGGCGCCUGGACCGCGAGCGGCGGGACCACUACAGCUUCGUCGCUGCCACGCUGCUGGGCGCUGUGGUGCAGGUGGAGAUUCGCGUCAACGACGUGAAUGACCACUCGCCUCGCUUUCCCCUCGACUCCCUGCAACUCGACGUCUCCGAGCUGAGCCCGCCAGGGACCGCCUUCCGCCUGCCAGGUGCCCACGAUCCCGACGCCGGACCGUUCAGCACUCAGGGCUACACGCUGGUGCAACCGUCUGACCUGCCCAAGGACCCCGCAGGCCCGUUCUUCCAGUUGCGCUACCGGACUCCCGGGCCACUACCGUCACCGCUUUUGCCAGGCUCCUCGUCGCCCCUGGAGCCUCUAGAUCUGGUGCUGCUGCGGCGCUUGGACCGAGAGGAGGCGGCGGCGCACCGGCUGCAGAUCGAGGCAUGGGACGGCGGCCGCCCCCGGCGCACUGGCCGCCUGAGCGUGGAGCUGCGCGUGCUGGACGAGAAUGACAACCCGCCGGUCUUUGAGCAGGACGAGUACCGCGUCGCAGUGCGCGAGGACGCCCAGCCGGGCGCCGAGGUCUGUCGCGUGCGCGCCACCGACCGCGACCUGGGGCCCAAUGGCUUCGUGCGCUACAGUGUCCGCGCCCGGCAAGUGCCCGGGGCGGGUAGCGGCGGCGGGGCACUGGGCGACGCGGCCUACUUCGCCGUGGAGGAGCUGAGCGGCGUGGUGCGAGUGCGGAGACCUCUGGACCGCGAGGCACAGGCCUGGCACCAGCUGGUGGUGGAGGCCCGCGAUGGAGGCGCCGAGCCUGAGGUUGCCACGGUGCGCGUGUCCAUCGCCGUGCUGGACGUGAAUGACAACCCGCCAGCAAUUCACGUGCUCUUUCUCACAGAGGGAGGUGUCGCCCGUGUCUCUGAAGGCGCCCGACCGGGCGACUACGUGGCUCGCGUCUCGGUGUCUGACGCGGACGGUGACUGGGAGAAGGAAGAUGAGGCCACAGGGGAGCUUGGUGUGGGUCUUGGAGACGGGAGCAUCUCGCUGUCCUUGGAAGGCGGAGAGGGAGACUUCGCGUUGCUGCCCGGCGGCUCCCCAGGGGUAUUUUUCCUUUGCGUGGAGGGGCCCCUGGACAGAGAGAGCCGCGAUCUGUAUGAGUUACUACUGGUGGCCACGGACGCGGGGUCCCCGCCGCUGAGCACGGAGGAGACGCUUCUGCUCCGGGUCGCUGACCUCAAUGACCAACCACCUCUCUUCAGCCAACAGCAUUACAAAGCCUCAGUGUCCGAGGCCGCAGCCCCUGGCACUGUAGUCAUGUGGGUCAGCGCCUCCGAUGCCGACGAGGCAGGCACUGAUUACGCCUGGCUGCGCUACACUGUAGUCCAACUCUCGGCUCCCUGCAAUCAAGGGGCUCUGCCCACCGCAGAAUGUGGACCAUCUUUUGCCAUUGAUUCCGAAAGCGGUGCGAUCAGCACUAUCCAGACUCUAGACAGAGAGGUCCAGGAGGCGGUGGAGCUGAGAGUGGUGGCCCAGGACCUCGGAGAGCCCCCACUCUCUGCCACCUGCCUGGUGAGCAUCACCGUAGAUGAUGUGAAUGACAACGAGCCUAUCUUCUGGAGGCAGGUGUACAAUGCCACCAUUGCAGAGCAUGCCCCGGUUGGACACUGCUUUCUGCAGGUGACAGCCUCUGAUGCAGAUUCAGGACUCUAUGGCUUUAUUGAGUAUUCUCUUUAUGAUGGAUUCCUGAGCUAUGAAGCACCUCAGGCAUUCCGGAUUGACCCUCAUGAUGGGCAAAUCUGUGUUUCUCAAGAUAUCGACAGGGAAAGGGAUCCAGCUACCUAUGAUCUCCUGGUGAAAGCUAAGGACGGAGGUGGGCUAAGUGCCCAAGCCUUUGUUCGUGUGGACCUGGAGGACGUGAACGAUAAUCAUCCCGUGUUUAACCCGUCAACCUAUGUGACGAGCAUCAACGGUGAGACCCAGCCAGGCACCGAGAUCAUCAAUGUUCUUGCCACUGACCAGGACUCUGGGAUAUAUGGGACAGUGGCUUAUGAGCUUAUUCCAGGAGAUGUGUCAUCCCUUUUUACCAUUGAUUCCACCACAGGAAUUAUUUACUUAACAUCACCUCUUAGUCAUUUGGAAUCUACCACACUUUCGUUGAUGGUCUCUGCUCAAGACGGUGGUGGGCUCACAGCUGUCAUUAAUGCCGACGUCACCAUACACAUUUUCCAGACAACUCUGGCACCUGCUGAGUUUGAAAGGCCUAAAUACACUUUCUUAGUUUAUGAAGAUGUGCCUGAAGAUAGUCCCAUUGGAACAGUGAAAGCAAGAGAGCCCUUGAACUCCUCAGAACCAAUCUUUUACAGGAUUUCUUCUGGUGAUCUCGGCGGAAAGUUCUCCAUUCACCCGUGGCUGGGCACUAUUCGCACCCGGAAGCCCCUGGAUCACGAGACGCAGCCCGUGGUUGUGCUCACGGUGCAGGCGCAGCUCGGCAGCGCCCCAGCCUGCAGCAGCACGGAGGUCAACAUAACAGUCGUGGAUGUCAAUGACAACCACCCAGCGUUCCUCAGGACCUCAGAUGAGAUUAGAAUAUCCCAGACCACGCCCCCUGGCACAGCCUUGUACCUCGCACGUGCAGAAGACAGAGACAGUGGGAGGAACGGACUCAUCCGGUACUCCAUCGCCAGCCCGCAGCCGGGCGUCUUUGCCAUCGACAGAGCCCUCGGGGUGCUGUUCCUCAACGGCAGCUUGGGCGCGGGCGAGCACCGGGAGCUCAUCCUGACUCUCAGGGCCGAGGACCAAGGCGUGCCUCCUCAGGCAGCCCUGCUGGUGCUGACAGUCGUUAUCGAGAAACGCGAAUACAGCCCAUCCUGGACUUUCGAACAUUUGGUCUAUCAAGUGGAAGUCAGUGAGUCUCUCUCACCGAUGACACAAAUACUACAAACACAGGCGCACCCACUUGGCCCCCAGCGUGCAGCCUCGCCGCUUAGGUACUCGCUGGAACCCAGCGUAGACUCUGCUAUAUUUGGAAUCCGCCCUUACACGGGCUGGAUUUAUUUGCGGCGGCAGUUUGACUAUGAAUCCACCCAAACAUACAAUUUUAGAGUGUUUGCUUGGAUCCCCGAGGACGGAUUGUUGCAAAAUGUGAGCACUACAGUCAUUGUUCGUGUCCAGGAUGAGAAUGACAAUUCCCCCACCUUCUUGAAUGAUGUGUUGUUUUUGAAAGUCGAAGAGAGCCCUGUUCCCCAAGGGGUAAUAAGCAAAAUUACAGCCAUUGACAUAGACUCUGGAAAGAAUGGACAGCUAUUAUAUUUCCUUUUGUCUGAUGGAAAAUUCUUCAAGAUGAAUCCUAAUACAGGAGAGUUGAUCAACUGGGUGGCACUGGAUCGUGAGCACUGGGGGCACCAUCAGAUGACUGUGCUAGUGACAGACCACGGCUCCCCACCACGAAAUGCCACCAUGGCGGUUUACGUCUCAGUUACUGACAUCAAUGAUAACAGGCCCUUCUUCCCCCAGUGUCACCCUGUAAAGGAGUUACACGUGAAGGUUCUGGAAGGUCAACCAGUAAAUAUGUUGGUUACAACUGUGUUUGCAAAGGAUCCUGAUGAAGGAAAUAAUGCAGAAGUUAUAUAUUCAGUAUCUUCAGAAGAUAGUCCUGAUCACUUUAAGAUUGAUGCCAACAGUGGUGAAAUAAGAACAACCACAAUACUUUCAUAUGAUUAUAGACCUUCCUACAGAAUGACUGUCAUUGCCACUGACCAGGGAGUGCCUCCUCUUCAAGGACAGGCAGUUGUUAAUAUUCAGGUGAUCCCACUAUCCAAAGGGAGAGCAAUCAUGUCUCAGAAUAUUAGACAUUUAGUUAUACCAGAAAAUUCGAAGCCCGCAAAAGUAAUGAGCUUGAUAAAGUCACCUGAUCACCUUCAACAACAUUAUAAUGGAAAGUUACAUUUUAGUAUUGUUGCAGAUGAUAAGGAUGGACACUUUGAAAUAGACAGCUCAACCGGAGACUUGUUUCUUUCUAAGGAACUUGAUUAUGAGACGACAUCUCAUUAUCUUUUCAGAGUAAUUACUACAGACCAUAGCAAAAACCUUUCCCUGAGUAGCACAGUCUUCCUUAGUAUUGAUGUGGAAGAUCAGAAUGACCAUUCCCCAUCUUUCCAAGAUGAGCUCAUCGUGAUCAGUGUAGAGGAGAAUGUUCCCAUAGGAACCCUGGUGUAUGUCUUCAAUGCCAAAGAUGGUGACGGCAGUUUUUUGAACAGUAGAAUACAAUACCACAUUGAAUCCCACAACCCUGGCACGAAUCCAUUUCUCAUCCACCCCUCAUUUGGCACACUAGUCACUGUGUCCCCUCUUGACAGAGAGAGCAUUCCAACUGUCAUCCUGACAGUAACAGCAUCUGAUCAGGCUGUGAAUGUGACAGACCGGCGACUGAGAUCACUGACAGCACAAAUAGUGAUUUUGGAUGUAAAUGACCACAACCCCACUUUUAUGUCUUUCCCCAUUGCCCAUGUCAAAGAGGAUGUCACAGUGGGCUCCUUGGUGCACCACAUAACUGCUCACGAUCCAGACGAAGGAAGGAAUGGAAAAGUAACAUACAGCAUCCUCUCAGGAAAUGAAAACAUGGCAUUUAUGCUAGAUGAGUCAUCAGGCUUACUAACUACAACCUGUCCUUUGGAUUAUGAAAUGAAAACUCAGCAUAUUCUGACUGUUCUGGCACUGGAUGAUGGCACACCAGCACUUUCUUCAUCCCAGACUUUGACAAUUACUGUUCUUGAUGUAAAUGAUGAAGCUCCAGUAUUUAAGCAGCACCUGUAUGAAGCUUCAGUGAAAGAAAACCGAAAUCCAGGGGAGUUUGUUACCAGGGUUGAAGCUCUGGACAGAGAUUCAGGAGUCAAUUCCAAGCUUCAGUUUGAAAUCAUGCCAGGUGCUUCAUUUGAAUCAUUCCAGAUAAAUUCUGACACUGGAGAGGUAGUGACAACCACCAUACUUGACAGAGAAAUUCAAGAAGUCUUCACCCUUCGAGUACUAGUACGAGAUGGGGGAUUCCCUUCAUUGUCCAGCACCACAACAAUCCUCUGCACCGUUGAAGAUGAAAACGAUCACGCACCAGAGUUUAUUGUUUCCAGUUAUGACAUUGAGAUUCUGGAAAACCAGGAACCAGAGGUUGUCUAUACUGUUUUAGCCUCUGAUAUGGAUGCUGGCAAUAACAGAGCUGUUGAAUAUCACAUAAUUGAUGGAAAUACCGAUGAGUACUUUGCUAUAAAUGAGAUGUCAGGAGAACUCUCAACCACUCGUGCUUUGGACCGGGAGCAAGUCAGCAAUUUUACCCUUGCCAUUCUGUGCUCUGACCUGGGAGAUCCACCUAGGAGCUCUGUAAUACACCUGCAAGUUAGAGUUUUGGAUGCCAAUGACCACAGUCCUUCUUUUCCCACACUUUAUUACCAGUCCUCUGUGAGAGAAGACGCUGAAGUGGGAACAGUGGUUCUUGUGCUUUCAGCUGUGGACAAGGAUGAAGGCCUGAAUGGGCAAACUGAGUAUUUUCUGACUGAUGAGGCUUCUGGUGCAUUCACCAUUGAUCCUAUGUCAGGCACAUUGAGAACCAGCAACACCCUCAACCGUGAAGCCAGAUCUCAGCACACAUUUAGUGCUGUGGCCAGAGACUGUAGCAUUCAGGACUCACGAAGCACCACCGCAAUUAUAAAAGUGUAUGUCACUGAUGUUAAUGACAAUGAUCCAGUUUUGGAACAGAACCCUUUUGAUGUGUUUCUUUCCCCCCAGUCGCCUACAAACCAGACAACCGUCAUUGUGAGAGCUGAUGACCCAGACUUAGGGCCCAAUGGAACUGUGGUUUUUAGUUUUGCAGAGACCCAGUCAAUGUUUUCUAUUGAUAAAUAUACAGGAGAAAUUCAAUUUCAGCAAAAUCCGUCUUCAGAAUAUUUCCCUAUCUGGCUGCAGUUAAAAGUUACAGACCAGGGCGUUCCAGCCAGGACAACCACAGGUCUGUUGGUCAUUCACAUGGAAGGAGAAGAUGUAAAGAUUUCCUUCAGCCACCAUCUGUACAAAGGGCUCGUGACUGAAAAUUGUGAGGCAGGUACUUCUAUUGUGACUGUAAAAGCUUUUGCUCCUGACUCAAUUCAGGACAGCAUGAAAUAUUCAAUUUUUAGUGGAAAUGAAGAUGGAGUUCUUUCCCUGUGCUCUAAGUCAGGACAACUUACUGUGAAAGAACCCAAGUUUCUUGAUUUUGAAGUCAGAAAUGAGCUACAACUCAUCGUUUUAGCUGAAAGUAGUGGGCAUAGAGCCUAUUGCAAAGUAGCAGUCUUGAUACAGGAUGAGAAUGAUAAUUCACCAUGCUUUGAACAAAGCGUUUACCAAGCAGCAGUGUCUGAAGGCCAACUCUACAAUGCUCAUGUCAUACAGGUUUUUGCUACCGACCUGGACAGUGGUUUGAACGGCCUGAUUGAGUAUUCCAUUCUCUCUGGCAACCAAGAAGAAGCAUUCCAGAUUGAUGCACUGAGUGGUGUGAUAACAACAAAAGCGAUGCUAGAUUAUGAGCUCACCAGCACCUACAGCUUGAUUGUCCAAGCCACAGAUAAAGGGAUACCCAGGCUUUCUAAUACGACUAUAAUCAAGGUACAGGUGACUGAUGUAAACGACAAUGCCCCAGCUUUUCUCCCCUCUGAAGCAGUGGAAAUUGCAGAAGAUUCUUUGCCUGGUGUAAUUGUGACUCAUGUGUCAGUUCAUGAUGUGGAUUUGAAUUCAGCUUUCAUAUUCAGUUUUGCCAAAGAGAGUAAUCCUGGAACCAAGUUUGCUAUUGAUCAGAACACUGGAGUGGUGGUGUUGGUGAAAACAUUGGAUUUUGAAGAAAUGACUGAAUAUGAGCUGCUCAUCCGAAUUUCUGAUUCGGUGCACCACACAGAGGGAGCACUCGUAGUCCGUGUGCUGGAUGUCAAUGAUAAUCCACCAGUGUUUUCUCAAGAUUUCUAUCAGGUCACAGUUCCUGAAUCAAUACCUGUGGGGUAUUCAGUGCUGACUCUGUCAGCCACAGACUUAGAAAGCAAUGAGAACAUUUCUUACAGAAUUCUAUCCUCUUCUAAGGAAUUCUCCAUUGAUCCUAAGAAUGGCACAAUAUUUACUAUCAGUCCCGUAUUACUUCUGGAUACAAUAUCAACAACUCAAUUUCUUGUUGAAGCCAGUGAUGGUGGAAAUCCUGACCUGAGAGCUCUUACUUUAGUGGAGAUAGGAAUACAAGAUAUGAACAAUUAUGCCCCUGAAUUCACAGUCAAAUCCUAUAAUCUUAGCCUAAGUGAGGAUGCUCUGGUUGGAAGCACGCUUGUUACGUUUUCAAACAUCGACCAUGACUGGACCCGUGAAAACACAUAUGUUGAAUAUUCCAUCAUCAGUGGUAAUUUACAGAACAAUUUUCAUGUGGAAACUAAAUUCUUUCAUUCAGAAUAUCCUUAUAAGCAAGUCGGUUAUCUUGUGUUGCUUCACAGUAUGGACAGAGAAGCAAGUGCUAGCCAUGAGCUUGUCAUUCUGGCAUCUGACAGUGGCUGCCCUCCAUUGAGUUCCACAGCUGUCAUAUCAAUACAAGUACUUGAUGUCAAUGACAAUCCUCCAAACUUCAGCAGCCUGAGCUAUCACACCCAUGUCAAGGAAAGCACCCCUCUAGGGAGUCACAUCACUGUGGUCUCAGCAAAUGACCGUGACACAGGGUCACAUGCAGAAAUCAUCUACAACAUCAUCUCUGGAAAUGAGAAGGGACAUUUUUACUUAGAAGAAAACACUGGAGUCCUUUAUUUGAUUAAACCUCUGGAUUAUGAAGAAAUGACAAAAUUCACCUUAACUGUUCAAGCUUCAGAUGCAGAAAAGAAACACUUUUCUUUCGCGGUUGUGUUUGUCAAUGUCCUGGACGAUAACGACCAUGCACCUCAGUUUAUGUUCUCAAGCUACAGCUGUAUUGUUCCAGAAAAUCUGCCUAUUUCCUCUACCAUAUGCUCUAUAAAUGCUCUGGAUUUUGACGCAGGUCCGUAUGGAGAAUUGACCUAUUCUAUUGUAUCACCCUGUUUUCUCACUCAUGGAAUGUCUUAUGAUCACGAUCUCUUCCUCAUUGACCCUUUGACAGGGGAUAUUCAUGCUAAUCAAAUCCUUGACUAUGAAAAUGGCAAUAAAUACUGCCUCACCAUCCAAGCCAAAGACAAAGGUGAUGCAACAGCCUCCUUAGUGGUCUGGGUGGAUAUUGAAGGAAUAGAUGAAUUUGAGCCCAUUUUUACUCAAGAUCAGUAUUUUUUCACCCUCCCAGAAAAGAAUAAAGACAGACAGUUGAUUGGCAGAGUGGAAGCCUCAGAUGCAGAUGCUGGUAUUGAUGGAGUCAUUCUUUACUCCCUUGGAACCUCAUCUCCUUUCUUUUCAGUAAAUAAAACCAAUGGAAAUAUUUAUUUGAUUAGAGCCCUUCCCCUAAUAAAAAGUCAACUCAACAAAGAAGACACCAUGGAAAUGAAAAUAAUCGCUCAUAGUCCCAAAUCAGACUCCAAGUUUGCAUCUUGCACUGUUUUUGUGAACGUGUCUUUCUCCUCUGAAGGAACACCCUUGGCAGUGUUCGCCAGCAGCUUUUCAGUCAGCCUGGUGGUCUCCUUUUUAGUGUUUCUGAUACUCAUCUGCACUCUAAUUGUAAUGAUUUUAAGACAUAAACAAAAAGACACAAGAAACAAUUAUGAGGAGAAGAAAACCUCAUCUUUAGAUAUGGACUUGGGAGUGACCCGGGAUGCCAGUGUGCUCAAAGCCUUCCAGAAAACUGACAACUGCAGUAACGAGGUGGUCCCUGUGGAUGCCACGCCGGAAUGGUUGAGUUUAAUAAGUAUCAUGGAGAAGGACAUUGUCAAUCUGUACAGACACUCAAAUUCCAGUGGCCACUGUUCUGUGGAAGGAGAAACUGCAGAAGAUAAGGAAAUCCAGAGGAUAAAUGAGCAUCCCUACAGAAAGGGCUCAGACUCAGCUCUGAGUGACCACGAGUCCAGGGUGCCAGACUCGGGUAUCCCGAGGGACUCAGACCAGCUCUCCUGCCUAUCUGGGGAAACCGAUGUGAUGGUGACUGCUGAAACAGCAGUAGCCAGCCAAACAUUUGGGGAAGGAGAUGAAGGGGAAGGCUGCAGCACCACCUGUGCUCAAAAUAAUGUGUUACCCCAGACAGUUCAGAAGAGAGAGGCAAAAGAGGGCAUCCUGGCUGAUGUUAGAAAAGAGUCUGUCUUUAUUUCAGGUGAUCAGGAAGUAAGGUGUGCAGCUCUUUCAACUCAGACAACCUCUGAUCAUGAUGGAAGAGGCAACUAUCACUGGAAUUAUCUUCUCAGUUGGGAGCCCAAAUUCCAACCUCUUGCCUCAGUAUUUAAUGAUAUUGCAAAACUAAAGGAUGAACAUUUGCAUAUGCCUGGCAUUCCAAAAGAGAAGAAAUCUUUUGUUUUUCCACCCCCUUUGAUAACAGCAGUAGCCCAGCCUGGGAUUAAAGCAGUCCCACCAAGAAUGCCGGCAGUAACCCUGCGGCAGAUGCCUCCGAAACACCCACGCUCUCCCAUCCCCUACCAUCUUGGUUCUCUGCCAGAAGCCAUGACUCCCAAUUUUUCUCCAUCUCUUUCCCUAUUGACGAUGCAGCCUCCUGCCUUGUCUCCACUGUUGUCAGCAGGAGAAUUAUUAGGACCACACGUCAGUGGUACAUGCCAUGAACUUAAAGCGGAAGAUGAAAUUCAAAUAUGAAACCACUGGGAUGCCAAGUACCUGCCCACCAUUGGUCAUGAAUAAAUGAACAAAACGUUUUCAAGCCAGCAACUCGAGAUUGGGCUCAUUUUUAUCUAAAAGCAAGUGAUAUAAUUUAAUUAGAGUUUUUAAAACUUCCCCAUUAAAGUUUCUCAAAUUUC